UGUCGGUUCUGUAAACGGGUACCGGCGCGUCCCGCCGAGGGCUCGUUACCAUAGUGGCGUGUGCACAAAGAAAGGUGAUGGCAACCCGUUAAACGGAGAGGAAACAUGCUGAUCUGUACCUGGCUGCUGCUCGUGUGUUCGGUCGGAGAGACGGCGGCCGACCUUUACGUUAAAGGAGCGUCGGUGCCUCCAGAGCCUUCCCGAACUCCUUCCCGGUCCAGUCCAGAGGAGUACGGGAAUCCCGGCAGCGCAGUCGCCAGGUCUGCGGAAGCCCCGGCUCCCACCGCCGAGGACGGCGCCUCACCGCGCCACGGCGGUGGGUACAGGAUAGUCCAGUGGGAAUGGAGCUACGUGCAGACCCCCUACAUCAUCGCUCUCUGGCUGCUGGUCGCCAGCGUCGCCAAAAUCUUGUUUCACUUCUCUCAACGCUUCACCACGCUUGUGCCUGAGAGUUGCGUGCUCAUUUUGUUGGGCUUGGUCCUGGGUGGCAUCGUCCUCUUCGCCAGCAAGAAGCAGCUGUACCAGCUGGACCCAGGGCUCUUCUUCCUCUUCCUGCUGCCCACAAUAGUGGGGGAUGCUGGGUAUUUCAUGCCUGCCCGCCUUUUCUUCGACAACCUGGGCGCCAUCUUAAUGUACGCGGUGGUGGGGACUCUGUGGAAUGCUUUCUGCACAGGCUUCUGUCUCUAUGGAGUCAAGUUGGCAGGGGUCAUCGAUGACAGAGUGGAAGCAGGUCUAAUGGAUUUCCUGCUGUUUGGCGCUCUGAUCUCGGCGGUGGAUCCGGUGGCAGUGAUCGCUGUGUUUGAGGAGGUCCACGUUAACGAGAUGCUCUUCAUCAUCGUCUUCGGCGAGUCGCUCCUCAAUGACGCAGUCACGGUGGUGUUGUAUAAAGUUUACAUAUCCUUUGUGGAAGUGGGCCCAGGGAACGUGCACACGGCAGACUACUUUAAAGGAGUUGUCUCCUUCCUCGUGGUCAGCCUCGGCGGCACGCUGGUGGGCCUGGUCUUUGCCAUGAUCCUGGCGUUCGUCACACGCUUCACAAAGAGAGUGCGCAUCAUGGAGCCGCUGCUGGUAUUCCUGCUGGUGUACCUGGCCUACCUGACAGCUGAGCUUUUCUCUCUCUCUGCCAUCCUCUCAAUGACCUUCUGCGGCCUUGGGUGCAAUAAGUAUGUGGAGGCAAACAUAUCCCAGAAGUCCCGAACUACGGUGAAGUACACAAUGAAGACCCUGGCCAGCAUUGCUGAGACCAUUAUCUUCAUUUUCCUUGGCAUCUCGGCCGUGGAUAAGUCCAAGUGGGCGUGGGACACAGGCCUUAUCGUCUGUACCCUCAUCUUCAUCUUCGUCUUCAGGGCCAUAGGUGUUGCGGGGCAGACCUGGAUUCUGAACAAGUUCAGAUUAGUUCCCUUAGACAAGAUUGACCAAGUGGUGAUGUCAUACGGCGGCCUGCGAGGGGCAGUAGCGUUUGCCCUUGUAGUCCUGCUGGAUGGGGGGCAGGUGAAGGCAAAGGAUUACUUUGUCGCAGCCACUAUAGUUGUGGUUUUCUUCACUGUCAUGUUUCAGGGCCUGACCAUCAAACCUCUGGUGACGUGGUUGAAGGUUCCUAGAAGCACCAACAGGAAGCCUACUGUUAACGAGGAGAUCCACGAGCGUGCCUUUGACCACAUUUUGGCUGCAGUUGAAGACAUUGCGGGUCUGAAUGGCUAUCAUCACUGGAGGGACAAGUGGGAGCACUUUGACAGAAACUACUUAAGCAAGAUGUUGAUGCGUAAAUCAGUGUAUGGUAAGAGUGAGCUGUGGGAGGCUUGUCAGAAAAUCAACAUCAGAGACGCCAUCAGUGUGAUCGACCAGGGUGGGAACGUUCUGACCUCUGCUAGGCUCUCUCUGCCCUCUAUGGUCAGCAGAGCCUCCUUCCCGGAGGUUACCAACGUUACCAACUACUUGAGGGAGAAUGGUAGUGGGGUGUGUUUGGACCUGCAGGCGAUCGAUACAAACCCUGGUGCAAAGGUAGAAGAGGAAACAGAGACCCAUCGUGUACUAGCUGGAAACCUGUACAAGCCCAGGAGACGGUACCAAGCCCACUACAGCCGGCACUUCAUGACAGUGAGGGACCAAGAGAGGCAGGAGCGGGAGGUGUUUCAGAGGAACAUGCGCAGCCGCCUGGAGUCCUUCAAAUCCACGCAGUACAAGCGGCACAAGAAAGACCGCAGCCAGAAAAAGCGUAAAGGCUCAGAUGCUAAAGAGCAAGACGCCAAUGACAAACCCCGGAGAAAUGUCAGCUGGCAUGAUAAAGACCCAGUGGUGGUACCACUCGAGUCUGAAGAGGAGAUGGGAGAACAUUCAGAGAAAGAGGAGGACGUUGGGAUCGUCUUUGUGGCCCGUAAGACCUCUGAAACACCAAAGGAGCGACCCAGUUCAGUCUCUGCUGCUCUGGAGGUGUGUCAGAGCCCCUCUGUUGCCCCUCCAUCUCCCACUUGUGGAGAGAAGAACCUGCCCUGGAAGGGGGGCGUGGGUGUGCUGCCUCCCUGCGUGUCCGUGGAGGCCACUAAGAUCAUCCCAGUCGACCUGCAGCAGGCCUGGAACCAGAGCAUCUCCUCGCUGGAGAGCCUGUCCUCCCCCCCGGUUCCUCAGGAGCCCCAGCACCCGCGCGUCAGCGCCCUCUCCAGGCUGGGAGGACCUCUGCGGCCGGCGGCAGCAGGACAGGGAGGCAGUGGGACCGGUCCGACCCCUCUGACCUCGCGCCAGUUCCAGUUCCCUGGGGGCAAAGAGGAGGAGGAGAGUGCCCUCUCUCUGCACCUGCAGGAAGUGCAGCCUCUUAUGUCGUCCAUGAGACCGCCAUCGUCUACCACACAGAUUCCAGGGAAGAGGAGGAAUCCACGUAUGUAUUUGAGGAGUCUUGUGACAACGCCACCUUCAGCCAGGGAGCCCAAAAGCAGAGGACCAACACAGCUGUAGAGGAGUUCCCCUACCUUACAGUGCUUCUUUCUAUGUCUGUUUCAGGGCUUCACAAAACCACCCUGCCCACUCAUAGCAUCAGUUGUUUCCCUUUCACAUGAUUUAUAACAGUAUAUUCCACCUGAUAAUGUCGCUUAAAAAACAUUACCGUUGAUGUGGAGGAAAGUUAAGACUCCACAGUUUGGACAGGUAGGCUGCCCACUGGCAUGAGCUGUGAUGUCCAUGCCUAGUAGGCAGUUCCUCUGACAUUGUUCCAUGUUUAUAUUCUUUCGUUUGAAAUAUAUGCCCUGUGUUAUACACAUCACUGGAAACAUAUGUCAAGAUAUUAGCACUUUGAAAAUAUAUCUGUCUAGACCACAUUGUCAGGGCCCUUUGGGUGCACCUGUCAAAUAUGUCUUUUAUUUAAGUUCCAGCCACCCAGCCAAACCUUACAAAAAUACUUUCAAAAAAGUCUUGACAGUCUAUCAAACUGCUAAAUGGUCAGAACUUAACUGCUUCGCUUUAUUGUUAAACUCUGCCCGUCCAUCCAAAGACAAAACAAAAGCCAGAGACUAAGAGGCAUUCAUUCUAAACUGGCACUCUCGUUAGGAGCCUUGGCUGAAAAAGCAGGCCAUUCUCCUCCAGCUCUGCAUGGAGACUCUGAGGAGCAGAGCACCACGUGAGGAACAGAGCGCCACGUGAGGAGCAGGGCACCACGUGAGGAACAGAGCGCCACGUGACCGAUCUCCAAGUCCUUGCUCUCUCAUUUCAUAUCGGGCAUGGCUUCUAACAGCUCAGCUGUUGUAUCUACUCACCACACAACACUUGUGAGCUCUGGAUAGACACUGCACACUCAAAGGUGCCAUAGCUGUAGAUAUGCCUUAUAAAAUUAGUAUGAUAUCUUUACCACAUGGGCAGUUGAGUGCUGAUGGAUAAUUUCUACAAUAUCUGCGCUUCUACUCAGAGGCCAACUGGGCAGGCUAGUUUGGCAUUUGUAAGAUAAGCACAGAGCUUCCUCUGGGCUGUCAUUUCCCCUUUGGUUUAUCAAAAAUGUAGUCUUUUAGUUAUUUUAGGUUGUAUUUAUUUACCCUUUGCUUUUUCUUUUCUAUGUACUUUUGAAGAAGACCUUUAGUUUUUGAAACUUAUAUUACACUGUAAUUUCCACAGUUCAUUGUUUUAAUGACCAAAGCAUACAGGAGAGAACAAAAUGAAUGUCUUUACAUGUGCUCAUGUACUUUGUCUCUUUCUAUGUUUUUGAAUGACUGUAUUUCUGUUAAGUAUUAUAGUUGUAUUGGGGGACUGAAAAAGUACUGCAUAUAUUUCAUGGUUAAUGAAAUAUCAGAUUUGUUGCGCAAAUUCUUAAAUUUAAAUUAUUCUAAAUUGGUCAUUUCACUGUAAUACUCAUAGUAAAUUGUAGUAUAGCUAUAAACAUGUACAAAAAAAUGUAUUAUUUUAUGGCAAGUUCUGUCUAUUUGAUAGGAGUAAAACAUGACUCCUUUGUGCUUUGCAUAUGGACUGCCAAAGAGACCCCACAGUUAAAUAAACUUCUGUGUAUGAGACUACCCUUUUAGUAUGAAACUCUACCACUUGUUAAUAUAAAGCAGUGUUUUAUGCAAAAUUUAUGAUUUGCACUUCAAGAUCAAAAGCCAUGUAAAACCCAGAGUUGUUUGUGUUUAAGCUGCUAACUUGUUUUUCUCUCUUGUGGAGUUCCAUGUGUGUGUAGAUGUUGUGCGUUUAGAAUGAUCUAAUCGUGCUAAAGGAGGGGCCUUGCUAAUAUCUGUUGUGCCUGUCAGACAGAGAAAUUCUGUGUUGUCUCAUUUAACCUUAUCAUAUUUGUCCGUACAUCAUUCGUACAAUUCAAAUUGCUACUAUUUUUGUAUUCACACACAAGUGAAGUAGGAAUGUGCAGGUUCCUUCCUCACACAUUGCAAAUGUUUGUUUUCAUAAGAUCUGCUCUGUUACCUAUUCUGUGAUUUAUGGAAAUUGGACAACUCAUCUGUUUGCCAAAUGUUAACUGUGGGUGGUAGUGUCAAGGAGGACAGCAAUUAAAUGAG